CAUAAUAUAUUAAAAAAGUGAUGAAUUUAAAAACGAAACUAUAAGGGUUAAUAAAUCAUUAGGAGUAUGAAAUUUUCCCGCCACUUGUAUAAAACAACCUUUCUCCGUCACUAGUCGUCUCGGAUCCCUAACCGCAAUGGAGGUUACGACGGAGCCGCCGAAGACGCAGAUCGAUGAAGCAUCAUCUCAUCGCAACCUCUCGUUUUCCACUCCCAUCGCCGGCGAUCCAAGCUCCGACAAACUCCCCUUCUUCCGCCACCGCUCCCGGCAGAUCAAGCGCGACACGUGGCUCGUCUCCGUCUUCGUGCUUCUCCAGAUCGUCGCCUUCGCGGUGACUAUGGGAGUCAACGACUGCUCCAGAAACUCUAACGAUCACUGCGCCGCCAGAUUACUCGGCCGAUUCUCUUUCCAGCCUCUCUCCGAGAAUCCUAUGCUCGGUCCCUCCGCUUCUACCUUCCAACACAUGGGAGGUCUUUACUGGAAUGCUCUGGUUGAGAAACAUGAGAUUUGGCGUGUGUUGACGUCUCCCUGGCUGCACAGCGGCUUGUUUCAUCUUCUGAUAAAUCUUGGGAGCUUGAUUUUCGUUGGGAUAUUCAUGGAGCAGCGAUAUGGACCAUUGAGGAUUGCAGUGAUAUACUUUCUCUCUGGCAUUGUGGGAAGUCUCUUCGCUGUGUUGUUUGUUCGAAACAUCCCUUCAAUCUGUUCCGGUGCUGCUUUCUUUGGAUUGAUUGGAGCUAUGCUUUCUGCACUUGCAAGGAACUGGAAUCUAUAUACCUCCAAGGUUUCAGCAUUAGUGAUAAUAAUCACUAUCUCCACAGUCAAUUUCCUGAUCGGCUUUCUUCCUUACAUAGACAACUUUGCGAAUAUUGGUGGUUUCAUAUCAGGAUUCGUUCUUGGACUUGUGCUGUUAUUCACCCCACAGCUGAGACAGGACCCUCCUCCACCUCACAAGGGAAAACUGUUUGAAGAUGAUAUGAGAAGCUCCACAAGGCUUAAAGAAAUGUUUGACAGGCCGGUGUUAAGGAUUGUGUGUCUGGUCUUGUUCUGUGGAAUACUUGCUGGUGUUCUAAUAGCAGCCUGCUGGGGCGUUAAUCUCAACCGCUACUGCAAUUGGUGUCGCUAUGUUGACUGUGUUCCAACCAGGAAAUGGAGCUGCAGCGACAUGACUACUUCCUGCGAGGCAAUGGUGAGUGAUGCUCAGCUAACACUAACGUGUAUGGCCAAUGGAAAGUUCCGGAUAUUCCCUUACACCAACAUAUCACAAGCCAGGACACAAGACCUCUGCACGCUCGUCUGCACUUAAACAUGACCAGCGGUCUCUACGGGACCAGAAGAUGCAAACGAGAAUACUUCAGGGUUUCUUGUAGGUGCAGGUUGGAGUUCAACAUCACAAUCAAAAGUGACUAAUUCUCAGCUGGCCGACUUUGUCGUGCAGGCUCCAUUGACGCAUUCAAGCUCUGCUUCGAAUCCGCUGUCAUCUUCGUAUGAAGACCUAUCUGCUUCGGUUUCUUUUAUCUUUGUGUUUAAUGCUUUUUAUCAAAGAGGAUGUUUAAUCCCCUGUUGUAACCGAACAUUUUAGUUUAAUGGAAGUAAGUUGUGUUCAAAAAAAACAAAAAAGAGGGACAUACUCUGGUUUGUAAUCAGUUGACUUUACAAUUAAAACGGAUGUAACCAGAAAUGAAGCAAAAGGUUGUUG